AUGUCUCGAAGGCAUCGCUGCUGCGCCUGCUCCUUCUGCGUGUUCUACAACAUCGUCCUCUGCUUCCUCCUGUCCCUCCUCAUAUUCUGGUUGAUCUUCCUUCCCAAAGAGCCCAAAUUCAUAGUCACAAAUGCCUCUCUCACGCAAUUUGAUUUCUCCACCACUAACAACACUCUCUUCUACAACCUUGCCCUCAACAUCACCAUCCGAAACCCCAACAGAAGGGUUGGCAUAUACUACAACCGCAUCGAAGCCAUUGCUAACUACAGAAAGAACAGGUUUGCUUUGGUCACGUUGACUUCAACGCCAUUUUACCAAGGCCACAAGAACACCACCACUUUACAACAAGUCCUUGUUGAAGGGCAGCAGGUUGUGGUGUUUGGAGAACAUGACAUUUCCAAGUUUAACUCUGAGACAGCUGCUGGUGUUUAUAGCAUUGAUGUGCAGCUUGCUGUUAAGGUUCGAGUCAGGUUUGGAAAAUUUAAGACAGACUAUUACACGCCGUCACGGAACAUCAACUGCAAGCUGAAGGUUCCUUUGAGUCUUAAACAAACCUCUGCUGAUGGUUUCGAGACUACAAAGUGUGGGAAUGUUAACAUCUUCUCAGAUCCUGAUAGUGCAGGCUAA